AUGUCUGAAGUAAAGCAAGUGAAAGUGGACAACUGGGGAAUUUAUUUUCUCCAGAGACUGAAACAUUUCUUUAAUCGAACGGAUUAUUGUGAUCUGACUCUUCAGUUUCAAGAUAAUGCCCAAUUAAAAGUUCAUAGACUCGUUCUUAGUGCCUGCACCGAAUACUUUGAGUUACUGGAGCGAACAUGCGAAAUGUACGAGGAUUGUUUGGUUAUGCCAGACGACUUACAAGCAGACGUUGUGGUUCCUAUUAUAAAUUUUAUGUACACGGGACAGCUAGAAUUUAAGAUAGAUUUACUAGAAAAGUUGUAUCAAACUUCUUUAAUUAUGAAUAUGCCAGUGCUCACUAAGUUACUUGCUUCACACCGCAGUAUUGUGCAACAACAACCAAGAACAGCAGCCAAUAAUUAUUAUGGUAAAAGAUAUGUGAAACAAUCUAAAGGUACACCUCCUACAUCCAGCAAUUCUACCAACAAACGUGCCUUCUCUAGUGCAUUUAGUAAUACAGAAACACCAAAAAGUAAGAAACCUAGCACAAUGAAUAAAAUUGAAUUAUCAUCAAAUUCUAAGAAUAGCUCUCAAGAUUUAGGAGCAUCACAAAUACAAUUUCCUGUAUUUUAUGAUAAGAAUAAUCAAUUAACUAAAGGAGCCCGCCCAACUAGAUAUGAAUUACCUGAAGAAUUAGAGGAAGAUAACAUUUUUGACAACUCUUUCACCAGCAUUUCUUAUACUUCAAAGCCUUUGAUGGUUCAUCCUGAGACAACAAAACAAUAUAGGUCAAAACGAAUAAAUUUGUUUGAAGAAGGGUCAAGUACAAGCAGAUUCAUGCAUAAUUCAUCUAACAAUGAUAUAGUUGAAUGCAAGAAGAUCACUGUUAAUAAUAGUAUAUUUUUAGAUGAAUCAUCUGACAUGGUAGCUGAUGAAAAUGAAUUUUUCCAGCAAUCCCCACAUACUAAAGAAGAGAUUAAAGAUUCAAACCAACUCUUCGACCAAAUUAUAGAAAAUGAUGUUUCCAACAUAACUAUUGAGACGAAAAAUAAACAAAGUGGCAGCUUAGAUCAUGCGAAAAUAAUAAGUGAAGUGCUUAAAAAAUAUCCACAUUUGGUAAAAAGUAAUAAGCAAAUAAAGUUAAAAAUUUUGAACACUGCUGCUAACAAAAAUAAAAAGCCUCGUGCGAAUACUUCAAAUAAUGAAGAGAAAGAAAAGAUUAAAAAUGAAACUCGGGACUUCACAUAUGAAACUGAUGUGAUUGAUUCUAAAGAAGCUGCUCGCCUUAUAGCUUUGGGUGCAGAGAAUAUUAAAGGUCCAUGGAUAUGUCUUAUUUGUGGUACCCCAGGUAAAGCCUUACACUUCACUAAAUACUACAACUUCCGCAAACAUCUCGUAGAAGUGCAUAAUGAGAAACCUGUGCCAAAUAUCUGUGAAUAUUGUGGCUUAAAAUCACAAAAGAGAAAUUAUUUAGUAUAUCAUCAAUUAACUAAACAUGGAGUUGAGCCUCCAACCCAUUACAAUUUCCCUAAAUGUAAUUACUGUGAUUAUAUUGCCCUAAAUGAAGCAUUGCUGGUAAAACAUAAAAUAACCCACACAGAUAUAAGUAACUAUAAGCGAAAUAUUUGUAAUGCCGCAUUUGCCGCAUCAUUAAUGGAUAGUGUGCAGAAAUCAAACAAACAAUCUAGCUAUGAGAAAAAGAAUAACUUGGUAUGUAUGUAUUGUCUUAGAGUUUUUCUACGUCAAAACAACUUAUAUGCACACUUAAAAACUAAUCACAAAGAAGCUGCUAAGAAUGAUGGCCUUAUAUAUGAUUCUGAAGAAGAAAAUCCAGAAGAGGAAGAAAAAAUAUUUAAAUCUAAAUCAAAUGAUAUUACAAAUUUCAUUAAAGUGGAAGUACCUGUGAAUUAUGAGUAUGAAGAUGUACAGUAUCAGCUUGAAAGAAGACCAGAUGGCAAUAUCCAUGUUGUAUCUAAAAAGCCACGGGUGGUAAUGCCUGCUAAACAUAAAAUAUUAAAUCCUGGUUUUAUUACUCAACAACAGACUUUACCUUCACUAGCUAAACUACAACAAAAAACAAAAUCUCUAAAUACUCCCACUAAGGGAAAUGAAUUUAUACAAGAAAUAUGCUUAUCGCCAAGUAGUAAUGUUAACCAAGAGGAAAUCGUGGUAAUUGAUAACAAUGAGUACAUUGUCCGUGAUUACCAACUCUUCCCAAAGACCUCGAGCACAGAGAACAAAGAAGAGACAAUAGGAACAAUCUUGCCGAACACAUCAAUGGAAUUCCAUAAUGUUCACAAUCAAACUCCUGAAACUAAAAUGUUCAUUAAAAAAUCAUCUAAUCUUAACCAAGCUUUACAGAUAGUUGUUUCCAAUGAAGAGGAAUACAAAACAUUAAUGAAUUCUAAUCAAUCUGUUAUAUUCGAUGACAGAGAUUCAGGCAAAACUUUGACAGUACUAGCAGCUGCCGACAAUAGUACUAUGGAAGCUAGUACUAUUGAUUUAAACAAUACUCAAACCAAUGAGAUGAUGAUAAUUCCAGAGGACUUCUCCAUUAAUGUUUCUGAAACAGUUUCAGCUGAUAACCCUAAUAUAGUUGUUGUAUACAGUCACCCUGUAGAAGAUCCAAAUAAACAAUACCAACUUAUAGCUACACAAGAAGUUGGGGUGGAGUUUGUGCAAUCGUCUCAGAUAUUGACCCAAUCUUUUGAAACGGUAACAACAUGCUCUCCAGUUUCGACCACACAAACAACUGGAGAAUCCUGGCCUAGUAAUAUACAGGCAACUCUCAGCAAACUACCUAUAACAUCUGCUGCAGAUUUAGAAACUAUGACAGUAGCUGAAUCAGUGACAGUUCCAUGUGAAACUGUUUCAAGUAACUUAAAUGAAUAUUCUGAUGUUACAUUAACGUCAAAUGAACCUGUACCAAUGGAUACUGAUGUAAUUGAAUCGCAAGAACAAAAUGAACCUGAUAAAGCCAAUAUUAUAAGUAAUAUUGAACAGAGCACUGAACCAUCUUGUGAACCAAAAGCUGAACUUGUACUUCAUCAACAAUUGAUUGAGGAUAAUAAUAUUCACCAACCACCAAUUAGUGAGCCUGAUGUUCAAUCAUUAUCUGUAGAUAAUGUUCAAACUACUGUUAUAACUGAUUUAAUUAGUACACCUGAAGUGGAAGAGCAACCAACAAUUUCACACCAUUCUGACUUAGACAUGGUUGAUGAAAAUCUUCAGGAUAUAGCAAAUAAUAAUCCUGAAACAGUCAUAAAUGUAGUUGUCCCAGAACUGGAAAUUCAGCAGACUGCUGUCAUAGAUAAUAUAGAACCUGAUAUAGAAAAUGUGGAAAAUACAAAUAUAGAUAUAGAUCAUUCAAACUCAGAAAUAUGUCCAGAAGAUACAGAUACACUACUAACAAGUUCAGAUGACCACAUUGUGCCUCAAGAUAUACCCAAUGUUGCAGAUGUAGUUAAUGAAAUUCAAAACAUUGACGACCAGACACAUGAACAAGUUACUGAAGAAAUGGAAGUAGCCGAAACAAUAGAAAAUAUAGCAAGAGAUAUUGGUGUUGAUCCAACUUCAAUUAAUAAAGAAAUUCAAUCAGAUGUGCCUCAAAUGCUUUCUGACACUCAAAUUAUAAAUACUGAAAACAUUACAUUAAAAACAGUGACAAACGAACAGAUACAAUCUCUGACAUCUGAAUGGUCUGAGGAUGAAAGUGAGAUAGCUGAAACUGUGUCCAAUAGUGGAAAUGUGAACACUGAACUUAGAAAUGAAGAUGUUACUGAAACGUUGUCUAAUGGUGAAAAUGUGAAUUCUGAGCAUAGAAAUGAAAAUAUUGAAAACUCCAUGGAAGUUGAGGAAUCUAUUGAAAAUAUUCAACAGGAAGUAGAAAGACAUGCAUCUGGAGAAAUCUUAGCCGACACAGAGAAUGUUCAUUCUUUACCAGAUGUAAAUGUGACUAUUUCCGUAGAGGAACCAGGUAAUGAAGAACCAAUUGUGGAAACACCAAUAAUUCCUAAUCCUAAAAUUUCGUCUCUCCUCCAUGAUUGGGAUGACAAUGAUUCACAGGAAGAAGAUUCUACAGUUACUGAAAAUAAAAUUGAAGAGUCAACUCCAGUCAUUCAAAAUAAUAAUGUUGAAUCUGUUAAAGAAAGUGAGGAGAAAGAAGAUUUGAGCAAUAACGAUAAAAUUAAAAGCUUAGUUAGUGACUGGGACGAGGACGAUGAAGAAAACAAGGAC